UGAAUUUGUGAGGGCUUCAUUGCCACAAAAUGUAAUCCAAUUUCAUUUAGCUAUCUUUCUUUUUUUCUAGCCAAAAUAAUUAAAGCUGUCCUUCAUGAAAAUCCAUAUUUCUGAUGUUACAAAUAUUCAAACCUACUACUGAACCAAACUGUGUCUUUUUUUAACUUAUACUUACCUGCCUGUAAAAUGUAGAUUAACAUAACUCAUUCUAAUAACCAUAUUCCUACAUAGAACCUACCUCUGCACAGGACCACACAUAUACUACUUACUUUUAUCUGCAAGAAAAAUAUAAUUUGUCCAAAAAAUUACUCUUAAAUUUGGUUUAAAAUAUCUAAAAAAGUCUUUACAUUACAUUUAAGUGUCUGAUGCUCAUAGACACCCUGUUACAGCUGCAUGUCCUGGCCAUGCUGAAAUCAUUUAUAAGAAGUGAGAGACAAGGUGCAGGGUGGGUACGGCACAGAGCCUGGCUGUGUUUGUUAUUCAGUUGCAUGCUGCAGUGCUGCCCAUUUGUUCUGAUGCACAUUCAGUAUCUGCAGGGAGCGAAUAUUCCUGUUAUAUACCCCCUGCAAAUUCAUCUAUUCCAGACUGAACUGGAUCUGAGCUAAUGAAAUGUCUGUUUUUGAAUAUAUAUAAAUGAGGAAUAAAUGAAGAUGACAUUUGGACAGGUAGUUACUAUGUGAGGCAAAGAGGGAGGUCAUCUGUGUUGUUGCUGCUUAUGACCUUUCCAAAAUGGCUGCUGUUGUGCACCACCAGGAGGAGGUCAGAGACCAUCUAAAUAUGGCUGCUGCCUCUGUGACAGCCUCAGCAGAUUAGAUGAGAAUAAGAAGCCUUUCAAACAUGUUUUUCAUGGCAGUUUACAGCAGAUUGAGUUGCGGGUUAGCUGGUUUAAACAGAUACAGGUUAGUUCUGCCUCUGACUGAAGCAGACAGUCAGUUACACAGCUGCUCAUUCAGUUAGCUUGUAAGCUAGGUUAUUAUUAGUAUUUGCAGUGUGCUGUCAGUGUUCAGUGCAGCCAGUAAGGUGAUCUGUCAGUGUGAAAGACUCUACAUAAGGACAAGCAGAAGUGUGGAGGUCCAUUCACUUCCACUUCAUUCAAAAUGACUGAUAUCGACUGGUGGCAGGCUGCGCCGUGGGGAGACGGAGAUAUGGGGUCGUGGGCAGAUCGCUCCCCUCUCCAUGAAGCAGCUUCUCAGGGUCGACUGCUCGCCCUGCGCACUCUGCUGGCCCAGGGAUAUCACGCCAACAUUGUCACCAUCGAUCAUGUGACCCCUCUCCAUGAAGCCUGCCUGUCAGGACACGUAGCCUGUGUCAGAGCAUUAAUAAACGCCAGAGCUAAUGUGAAUGCCACGACCAUCGAUGGUGUCACUCCUCUGUACAACUGUUGCACCUCUGGGAGUGUCGGCUGUCUGGAGCUGCUGCUGCAGAAUGGAGCGCACACACACACCACACCCACACACUUCCCCUCGGCCCUUCACGAAGCCUGCAAGAGAGGUAAUAGUCAGUGUGUCGAGUCCCUGCUGUCUCAUGGAGCAGAUCCAGACUAUGAGGUGUCCCACUUGGGCUCUCCUCUCUACAUGAGCUGUUUAAACCAGCACACAGCCUGCUCCAAGAUUCUGCUACACAGAGGAGCGAAUGUUAAUGUAGGCAGAGGAGGUGACAGCCCUCUGCAUGCCGCUGUCAGACAGGACAAUGCUGAUCAGGUGUCAGUGUUACUGGACUAUGGAGCGGAUGUCAACGUCAGAGACAGUAACAAUCAGCGGCCUGUGGAGGUAGCGCCUGCUGGUGGAAAAACACAACAGCUGCUGCUGACAUUUGAAGUUUCUCCUAGGAGUCUCCGCCAGCUGUGUCGUCUCCAGAUCAGGAAUCUGAUUGGUCGAUCCAGACUGACGCUGCUGCCUCUCCUUCCUCUUCCCUCGCUGCUCACUCAGUAUCUGGAGUACACAUAGGAUGAUGAUGCACACACGCAGAAUGACAGGGAAAAGCAGCUACAAUUCAGAUGCCAUUUCUUUGACAUUUUAAAUUUGGAUGUGCCAAGUCCCUUGUUAACCACAUUUUAAAAUAACAUAUCACAAUGUUUUAAACUGUAUGGUUGAGUUUGGCUUCUACAGUGUCAUCACAUCAAAAAACACUUAAGAUUUACUCUGCUGCACACUGUGCUCUGCUACAUAGUGUUGCCUUUGUGUUGCCGUAAUUGAGACAAUCUCUGUUCAUUUCAAAUGUCUACUUACUAGGACUUAAAGGAACAGAGUGAAAGAUUUAGGGGGAUUUAGUGCCACCUGGUGGUGUGGAUUGCAGAUUGCAAGCUGCUGAAACUUCUCCCGGUUAGAAUUCCUUCAGUGUUCAUUGUUCAGGAGGUUUUUAGUGGGACCCAAAUUAUCCGCAUAGGUCUCCUCCUCUCCAAAACAAAUGGACACGGAGAUUUAAACCACUAAGAACACUCAAUAGAGCUGUUUCGUGUGUUUCUCCCAUGAUGUUUGGCACGUCGGAGACCAGCCUCUAGCCCAGCCCCUCCUAAUGUGUGCUCACCUUUUUUCUCUGAUAACUUAAUGUAUGCUAACCUUUUAUCUGAUCCAGACAUUCAGGAGGUUUUUAUUGUGGGCUGAAUUAUCUGUGGAGGUCUCUUUCUCUCCAAAACAAGCAGAACAGAUGAUUUAAACCUUUUUUGUCUAACUUAAGAUCCAGAUGUUGAGGAGGGGUUUACUGGGAACUGAAUUAUCUGUAGAGGUCUCUUCCUCUCCAAAACAAAUGCACCCGGUGAUUUAUCAUAGUAAAAACACACCAAAAAAAAGGGCAGUUUAACAUUGAAAAAUUCCUGAUGCUGCUUGUCAUGGAGGGGCUGUUAACUACAGUAGCCAAUGCAAAAAUGCAAAUGGCCCUAUCUAAAGCUGGGAUACUGUAGAAACAUGGCGGUGCAACAUGUUGGACUCCAUGGAUGAGGCUCAUUUUAAGGUAACGAAAACACAUCAAUUCUUAUUGUCAGGGGAUUAUAUGCUUAAAAAAACAUACAUAUUGUAUUUUAUUUUUGCCAAUAUAUCCCCCUUAAUCCUACACACUGGACCUUUAAAUUUUCCCUGACAGAUUAUUGUCUGACUGAUAAUGACAGCUGAUCAACUGUGAAUUAAUUUUAGCUCUUUAUGUUGGUAACGCACAAUACAUCAUUUUGUACAUAUUGGAAUUUAUUUUCCUUCGGCAAGUGCUGGACUUCACGUGUCUAUGUAUAUGUAAAUACCAAUAAAUGAUCCAUGAUGUGACCUCA